AUGGCUUUUCCGAAAAUCUUCAAACCAUGUCCUCAGAAAGAGCUUAAAGAACGCAAUAUUUUGAGAGAGGAAGCGGGUAGUUCUGAUGUGCUACCGAAUGAUACAAACAUUACUACUGCUACAUCUGUUGCCAGCUUUGAGUUGAAAUCAACCAAUGCAUCCGAAGCAGCAAGCCAAAGCACAUCCCCGACUGGUUCAGAGUUAAUACCAGACUGCUUGCAAAGUGCCACCAACACCGGUACGUUGUGCACUGAAGAGCAUGUCAAACAUAGGAGUGUUAAAAGAGCGUUGAAACCAAGGCACAUCGCCAUGAUUGCAUUGGGUGGGACAAUUGGCACGGGGCUGUUUAUGGGUAUCGCCAAACCGCUCAGAAAUGCAGGUCCAGUUGGAGCGCUGAUCGCCUAUAUAUUUGUCGGAACGAUCAUUUUUUCCGUCACACAAUCUCUGGGUGAGAUGGUGACCUUUAUCCCGGUCACAUCAUCAUUCACUGUAUUCUCGCACAGGUUUCUUUCGCCAGCCUUCGGAGCUGCAAAUGGUUACAUGUAUUGGUUUUCAUGGGCGAUGACUUUUGCUGUAGAACUAAGUGUUCUCGGGAAAGUCAUCCAAUUUUGGACAACUGCGGUUCCAUUGGCAGCGUGGAUUGUCAUAUUUUGGUUUUUACUGACACUCUCAAAUAUGUUUCCCGUGAAAUAUUACGGUGAGAUAGAGUUUUGGAUUGCCUUUUUAAAAGUACUGUCGCUUGUUGGUUUUCUCAUAUUCUGUCUUUGUAUCACUAGUGGGGCUGGACCCCACGGACCUUUUGGGUUUCGGUACUGGAGAGAUCCCGGAGCAUGGGGACCAGGUAUCAUAGCCGAGGACCAAAGUGAGGCAAGGUUUUUGGGUUGGGUGUCUUCUCUAAUCAACGCCGCGUUUACAUACCAGGGCACAGAAUUGGUUGGUAUAACGGCCGGCGAGGCAGCCAAUCCAAGGAAGGCCGUACCAAAAGCGAUCAAGAAGGUAAUUUUGCGUAUUUUGUUCUUCUAUGUGGGGUCGCUUUUCUUUAUCGGGAUGCUGGUUCCAUUUAACGAUCCGAAACUGACGAGUGCAACAUCCUUCGUCUCAUCGUCCCCGUUUAUCAUUGCAAUACAAAAUUCUGGUGUUUCUCUCUUGCCUAGUAUUUUCAAUGGUGUGAUUUUGAUUACUAUUAUAUCUGCUGGAAAUUCAAACGUUUACGUCGGGUCUAGAAUUCUGUUUGGGUUGGCUCACAGUAACCUUGCCCCGCAGUUUUUCACGCGCACCACAAAAACCGGUGUGCCCUUUGUUGCCGUGUUAUUUACUUCAUUGUUUGGCAGUUUAGCUUUCUUAGAGCUUACCACCGACGGCGAUAAAGUGUUCAACUGGUUACUGAGUAUUGUGGCAAUUGCCGGUUUUUUCGCUUGGCUGCUGAUUUCGUUAUCCCACAUUCGGUUCAUGAAAGCAUUAGAAUAUAGAGGCAUUUCAAGGAAUAGCCUUCCCUUCAAAGCUAUCUUCAUGCCCUGGCUAGCUUACUACGCCACCGCAUUUAUCAUCUUAAUUAUCCUAAUCCAAGGGUUUACUGCGUUUGCUCCCAGGUUCAAUGUAUCCGAUUUCGUGGCAUCGUAUAUCUCUUUGCUCCUCUUUGUGAUCAUAUGGGGGGUUUUCCAAGCGAUGAAGAAGUGCAGAAUAUUUUGGAAAGUAGAAGACAUUGAUCUGGAUAGUGAUCGGAAGGACAUCGAGGACAUUCGCUGGGAAGAUGACUCUCCCAAAACUUUCUGGACUAAAGUCUGGCAAACCUUAGCAUAG